GGGUGGCCGUGGCCAUCGUCCGCGGCGGCCUCUCUGGCCUGGCGAAGGGCGCCGAGGGCGGCGCGGUGCUGCCCCAGCUCGUGCAGAUGGCCGUGGAGAAGGCCUUGGGCGAGAUGCUGCAGCGUGGCGGCGCGGGGCGGCCGGCGGGGUCGAGCUCGCUGGCAAUGGUACCGCCCUCUCCUGCGCUGACCGGUGCGGCGGGCGACGACGUGGUUGAGGGGGGCCAGGCCGACGUCGACCAGGCGACGCUGGACGACGUGAUGACCCUCGUGGUGGGCGCCUCGCCUGCCGCCCAGGACCCCGGCGGCUCCGUUGCCACGCCUGGAGGUGCGGAGGAGGGGAACGGCGCGGACGCGAGGAAGGACGAGGACAUCAUCGAUGAGGAUGAGUCCCAGGAGUGCCACGACCAGGCCAGCGGCGCGGACUGCGUGCGCGUGCUGGAGAUGGUGGCGGAGGUGCACGAGUGCGACGCCGUGCCCGACGACCAGCACCCCGUCGACGCCGAGGAAGCGUCACGGCGUCACGCCGUCCAGGCGGCGCCAGCGGGGGAGUGCGCGGAGCACGAGUGCGACGCCGAGCCCGACGACCGCGACGCGAUCGCGGGGGCGGCGCCUGCGGGGGAGUGCACGGAGGGCAAUCUCAUCCAUGUUGAGGUUGGCCCUGCACGUCGGCAUGGCGGCGCGCCGCAAGGCCAGACGUGGGCUGACCUCACAGAGGAGGAGGAGCUCCUGCUCGGCAUGACGACCACGAGCGGGAUGCAGGUCGUUGGCGGCACCAGGGACUCUCAAGCAACGGUGCCGAUCGAGGAGUUCCGGGAGUGCCGAGACGGCACUCUCGCGGGGGCUGCUCUGGGCGAGGAAGUCCAGGAUGGCGACGGCGGGGGAUGCACGGAGCAGGAGCUCGAGCGCGCGCGGGCCAAGCUGGACAGAUUUUGCAGGGCGCUGGGCAGGGCGCGGAACCCGGAGCGGCAUCGUGAGCUCGAGGGGCUUGCGGAAGCCGCCGAGGACGGUUUCCCGACCGAGCGCGCCGCGCUCCACGGGCUGCCGAGGGCCCGGGCCUCCUUCGCGCCGGCGGGCUGCCUGCAAGGGUGA